AUGUCAUUCAGCAACGUGCAGGUAGAGUCGGCGCCAGGGUGGAGCGUGGACUCCAUCGAACUGGGCAGCCUCAUCUUCCAAGGUGCGGAGUCGAAGGUGUACCACUGCAAUUUCUACGGCGCACCAGCUUUAUGCAAGCACCGCUUUGUAAAGCGGUACCGGAACCCAAGCCUCGAUAAGCGUCUACGUUCCCAACGUACGCGUCGAGAGGCGCGCGCUCUGGAGCGCUGUGUAAAGAAGGGCAUCCGUGCACCGCGUCUGCUGGGUGCCGACUACAUCAAUACGUUUCUUAUCAUGUCCUACGAGGCUGGCCCGACCGUGAAAGAGGCGCUCGACAUCGAGCAUGCCACCUUUACGCAGCAGACAUUGCAGGGUAAGAGCUCUUCUGCGCAGCAGCAGCAGCAGCAGCUCACGCCGUCGCCAUCGGUGUUGGUCAACGCUGCCCCGUCGCCGGUGACUGCGGCCCUACUGCAAAGCAUUGGCGUUGUGGUGGCGCAGUUGCACAACGCGAACAUCGUCCACGGCGACCUCACCACCUCUAACUUCAUCUGCACAUGCGACGGGUUUGCGGUGGUGACACGGAGCACGGACGGGGCAACUUCCCCGAUGUCGAGUGCACCGGUGUUGCCAACGGCGGAGGACAUUGUUGUUCUCGACUUUGGGCUUAUCUCGGACAAGUGCAGCGCGGUGGAGCGCGCAGUGGAUCUAUACGUGCUGGAGCGCGCCAUCGUGUCAACCCACCCGUACCUCUCCGCCUUUGCCAGUGACGUUAUUCUUGAAGGCUAUCGCAGCGCCGCCGACCCGAAAAAGGGAGAAGAGGCGCUGCGCCGAUUGGAGGCAGUGCGCGCGCGCGGGCGGAAGCGCUCCAUGGUCGGCUAA